CUAUAUAAGCCUGGCGAGUCGGGACUCACAACACAGAUUCAUCCAUCUCUCGUCUGCUCCUUUCCCUUGUUCUCACACAAACUCUUUCGAAGCCAUCCGAGCUAGCUGGUGCGAGGCUUAAGCAACGACGGCGAUGGCUUUUAGCUCGGGUGCUCGCGCGCUGGCAGUGGCGCUGCUCCUGGGGCUCUGUACGGCGGCGGCGGCGGCGGGGAGGAUGGACGACGGGCUGGAGGUGACGUGGGGCGACGGGCGCGGGAGCGUGUCGCCGGACGGCCAGACGCUGACGCUGUCGCUGGACCACACCUCCGGCUCCGGGUUCCGCUCCAGGGACACCUACCUCUUCGCGCGCGCUGACAUGCAGAUCAAGCUCGUACCCAACAACUCCGCCGGCACCGUCACCACCUUCUACUUCAUCUCGGAGGGUCCGUGGGACGUCCACGACGAGGUGGACCUCGAGUUCCUGGGCAACGUGAGCGGGCAGCCGUACACGCUGCACACCAACGUGUUCGGCAACGGCAACGGCGGCAAGGAGCAGCAGUUCCACCUCUGGUUCGACCCCACCACCGACUUCCACACAUACUCCAUCGAGUGGACGCAGCACCACAUCCUGGUGCUGGUGGACGGGACGCCGAUCCGGGAGUUCAAGAACCACGCGGACCGCGGCGUGCCGUACCCGUCGUCGCAGCGGAUGCGGCUGUACGGCUCGCUGUGGGACGCCGAGGACUGGGCCACGCAGGGCGGCCGCGUCAAGACAGACUGGUCCCAGGCCCCCUUCAUGGCGCAGUACCGCAAGUUCACGGCCGCGGACGCCUCGUCCUCCUCCACGUCGGCGAGCGGGUACGGGCAGGAGCUGGACGCGGCGGCGCAGCAGGCGAUGAAGUGGGCGCGGGACAACUACAUGGUGUACGACUACUGCGCCGACAGCAAGCGGUUCCCGCAGGGCGUCCCGCCCGAGUGCUCCAUGCCGUAGUAGCGUGGAGAUGGGCCAAGCGCCGGGCCGCUUUGAUUGCGAAGUCGAUCAGAGCAUUAGGGCAGGUUGCACGCAUAGUGGAUGUAUUAUAAGAACCCAUUGGUCUCAUUCUUUGUUUAUACUAUUCAUCUAUUCUUUGGUGUGCGAAUAUAUAGUAGUAUCAUUCGUUUGGUCUCAAGAGAUUUGUGAAAAAGCAGUAGCUUGUUUGUACAA